AUGUUCAAGUCGUUAUUAAGAUCAUCCUCCAUCCCUCUCCGCACAUUUGCUGGACCAUCUUUUGUCUCAACAACUUCAUCACAUGUUUUACGUUGUGCCUUUACAACAACAACCCCACACACAUACAAGGCUGACAAAAACUCCCAUGCUUACAAGUACUUGCAUGAAAAACAACCAAUUGUGACUAAAUUCACUGAAGAACACGAAUACGUUAAAUUAUACGAUGAUGAUUCAGCAUUAAUUGGAAUCACGCAAUAUGCAGCUCAAGCAUUGGGUGAUGUAACAUUUGUUGAAUUACCUGAAUUGGGUACCAGAGUUGAAAUUGGUGAGACUUUGGGUUCAGUUGAAAGUGUUAAAUCAGCUAGUGAGAUUUAUAGUCCUGUUAGUGGUGAAAUUGUUGGUGUUAAUGAGAUUUUGGAGAGUGAACCAGGAUUAUUGAAUCAUGAUCCAACUGUGGAGGGAUGGAUUGCUCAUAUUAAAUUGGAGGAUACAAGACAAAUUACUGAUAGUGAGACAUUAUUGAGUAGUGAAGAUUAUGCCAAGUCUUUAGAAGAGGAUUAG